GGCCAUCUUUGUUAGGGGCGGAAGUCCCUGCCUACGGAGCGCGAGAGAGUCCACGACGGUCCCGGCGGCUCCCGGGCCAGAGAUGACGGCUCUUGGGAUCGGGUGGAGUUCGGGCUACGGAGGACGUUGGGCGGUGCGGGAGAGAGGGAAUCGUUAGGUCGGUUCCGGCCUCCCUGCCGGAUGGCCCAGGGGUCUCGCUCUGGUGGCCUUCUGCCUCCGCUCGCUACCGUGCCGCCGCUGUGGGCGCAGCCCGGGGGCGCUGGGGAGGAGCCGUGGGAGGGCAGGCGGGCGGGCUCUCUCCCGGGGCGGGUUCGUGGCUGGUCGGGGCUGCCGGUUGCCGAGAGCAUCCCCUGCCUGGACGCGCGGCCCGGCGGAUCCCGGGGAGAGCAGCCGUGGUGGGCCGGGCCGGCGGCCCCGGGCGAGGACCACGAGGCUGGCUCUGCGGACUGGAGACGGGGGCCCGCAGCGGGCGGCCCGAUCCCUCCCGCGCUGCAGCGUCUCCGGGCGGUGUUGCUGCGGCUGAACCGCGAACGGGAGCAGCUCCUCCAGGCCCGGGACUGCGCCCGCCACCUGCAAGCGGCCCUGCGUCUUCUGAGGAUCCCCAGUCCCGGCCCCUUGCCCCAACUGUGCCGCGACCUGCCACCCCUCCCUUCCCGAGGGGCCGUCCUGAGAAUCGGGCUUCAGGAGACCAUUGAGCCUCUGUUCCUGGCGCGCCCCGUCGGACUAGCGGCCCAACGCCUGGAUGCUGUCAUCGAGAUGCAACUUCGCACUCUGGGCCGGGCACCCUCCAGCCCAAGCCUGUCAUCCCAACUCGCUGAGCUGCUACUGGCGCUUCCCGCCUACCACCAACUGCAGGGGAAAGCCGUGAGCCACGUCCCAGGGGCAGCGCGCCCUUUCCCCUUGACCCGUGUGCUCCUCCUCCUGGCGGGAGAGCGGGGUUCCCAGGUGGCAGGUCGACUGGAUGCGGUGCUCAGGGGAUCGGGCUUGCGGAACCAGCUCCGCAGGCAUUGCGAUCAGGAGCGGGAGCUGCUGCCCGGGCUGCUGGGCCUGGUGCGUGGCAUGGGGGCGUCAGCCAGCUGUGGACUGGGACUUGGAGGGGCUGGAGCCCUGUGGAGCCAGUAUUGGACCCUGCUGUGGGCAGCCUGUGCUCAGAGUCUGGACCUGAAGCUGGGACCCUGGAGGGAACCAAGGGCAGUGGCACAACAGCUGAGUCAGGCACUGGGUCAGGCAUCCCUGCCUCAGGAGUGUGAGAAGGAGCUGGCUUCUUUGUGCUGCAGCCUACUUCAUCAGUCGCUUAUCUGGAGCUGGGACCAAGGGUUCUGCCAGGCCUUGGGAUCAGCUCGUGGGGAUCAGAGCAGUCUCCCCUCAUCCCGGGGCGGUAGCCCCUGCUCUCCUACCACUGACCUUUUGCAACAGCUCUUCCCUCCUCUCUUGGAUGCCCUUCGAGAACCCAGGUCAGGGUUGGUCGUCUGUCGACCUCCAGGUCCUGAACCCCUUGCCCUGGGGCUCUGUACCCUCCAGACUACCUUGCUCUGGUUCUUGGGCAGAGCUCAGCAGCAUCUGGCAGCAUGGGCCCCAGGUGCCUUCCUGCUCCUGAUCCAGAAGGACUUGCCUCCUCUGUUGCAUGAGGUGGAAGCUCUAUCUAGUCUGGCCUCAGAGGAGAGCUCGGUCCUGGUCCUGGAGGUGGAGAAGCAGCUGGCCCUGGAGAUCCAGAAGCUGACUGCACAGAUCCAGCUCCUGCCUGAAGAGUCACUAAGUCUCUUUUUUCAAGAAUGUCAUAAACAAGCCAUGCAGGGCUUCGAGCUCUACAUGCCACGGGGUCGGUACUGGCGGCUUCAUCUCUGUCCCGAACUGCCCAGCGUUCCCAGUCAAUAUGCUCGGUUGGUGGUCCGCACCGUACUGGAGCCUGUGUUGCAAGGACUGCAGAGACUGCCACCCCAAGCCCAGGCCUCCACCCUCGGCCCAGCACUGACAGCCGUCCUGGGUGCGUGGCUCGACCACAUCCUCACCCAUGGGAUCCGGUUCAGCCUGCAGGGGGCGCUGCAGCUCAGACAGGACUUUGGAGUAGUCAGGGAAUUGCUGGAAGAGGAGCAGUGGGGCCUGUCCCCCGACCUUCGCCAGACUCUGCUCACACUCAGCAUCUUCCAGCGGCUGGAUGGGGCCUUGCUGUGUUUAUUACAGCAACCCCUGCCCAAGACACGGGUCCACAGGAGGCCCCCCUAUUGCUGUUCUUGUAAUGAGGUGCAGACCACAGAAUUGCCCAGCAGCAGCCUCAACAGCCUGGAGAGCUUGGAGCCCCCUCUUCGGCCUGGACCACCCCCUGCCCAGUCAGCUCAGCUGCUAAGCACACUGUGGGGAGGAGGACCUAGCCCUGAGGCUUACCUGGUGGGAAAUCAGCAGGACUGGCUUGCCCUGAGGCAGCACCAGCGCCCACGCUGGCACUUGCCUUGCCUUUCCUGCCUGUGGACUAGUCCUGAACCCUAAGGAUUCUGGGACCAGGAGCCAGGAAGUGA